GGAAGGGCAAAGGUAAUGAGUGAAAUUCCAGGAAGUGUGAGGAGGAGGGUGUCCACUGACAACCUUCGCAAAUGCUGGAGGAGGAUGCACCUGUGACAACACCUGAUUUACACCAGCGCACAUGGGGCAAUAUAAUGCUGAUGUGGGCCAUCUUGCAGAAGUACACCUGUGUCAUACGAUCCAAGAGAGUUUCUCCAGCAGAAACCCUGGACACUACACUUCAGUGCCUUUGCAUUCCCCUCCCAGGCCCAGGUGGACUCUGGUGCUGUAUCUGAGCCGCCAAACUCCAAGGGAGACUCGAUGCUGCAGAAAACUCUAAAAAGGACCUAAAAGUGUCCAGUUCCAGGUUGGUGCUGGAUGAGGGACAGAAAACUGAAAACUGGAAUGUCGAGUAUGGGCUCAAGUUACUGGCCACCCUAGAGCAAGUUGUGAAUCAGACCAUUCGACACAGUUAUAACUGAAGCUGUAGAGGAGAAGACUCAGGAAAUCCACCAUGGCAGAAGAGGCAAAUAUUAACUUUAUGACUGAAUACCGCCACAUCCAGGAAGCAGAGAGGCCUGGCUCAGUUAGAGGCUGCGCCCUGUCAGAGGGACCUCAGGAAACAUUGCAGCUGAAGAAAGAGAUCUCUCUGCUGAAUGGAGUCAGCCUCGUGGUGGGCAACAUGAUUGGCUCGGGGAUUUUUGUUUCUCCGAAAGGCGUCCUCAUCAACAGCGCAUCCUAUGGACUGUCGCUGGUGGUCUGGGCCAUCGGGGGGAUCUUUUCAAUGAUUGGGGCCCUCUGCUACGCCGAACUUGGGACGACCAUCACUAAAUCGGGGGCCAGCUAUGCCUAUAUUCUGGAGGCAUUUGGAGGCUUCAUAGCUUUUAUCCGCUUGUGGACCUCACUCUUGAUCAUUGAACCGACGAGCCAGGCCAUCAUCGCCAUAACCUUUGCUAAUUACAUUGUCCAGCCUGUAUUCCCUUCUUGCGAGCCCCCUUACGUAGCAUGCCGUUUCCUGGCGGCAACUUGUAUCUGUCUCCUAACAUUUGUAAACUGUGCCUAUGUUAAAUGGGGAACACGGGUGCAGGAUGUGUUCACCUAUGCCAAAGUCCUUGCCCUUAUUGCCAUCAUCGUAACGGGAAUUGUUAAGCUGUGCCAGGGACAUACGGAUCACUUUCAGGACUCCUUUGAGGGAUCAUCCUGGGACAUGGGAGAUCUCUCUCUUGCCCUAUACUCUGCCCUCUUCUCUUACUCAGGUUGGGACACCCUAAAUUUUGUAACAGAAGAAAUCAAAAAUCCAGAAAGGAACCUGCCACUGGCUAUUGCAAUUUCUAUGCCCAUAGUGACAGUCAUCUAUAUUUUGACCAAUGUUGCUUACUAUGCAGUGCUGGAUAUCAGAGCUGUCUUUGGCAGUGAUGCCGUGGCUGUGACAUUUGCUGACCAGGCCUUUGGAGUAUUCAGCUGGACGAUCCCAAUAGCGGUGGCUUUCUCAUGUUUCGGGGGACUCAACGCGUCCAUCUUUGCAUCGUCGAGACUCUUCUUUGUAGGCUCCCGUGAAGGUCACCUCCCUGAUCUGCUGUCCAUGAUCCAUAUAAAACGCUUCACUCCGGUGCCCGCACUCCUUUUCAAUUGUGGCAUGGCCCUGAUUUACCUGAUUGUGGAAGAUGUUUUCCUGCUCAUCAACUACUUCAGUUUCAGCUACUGGUUUUUUGUGGGUCUGUCGAUCGCUGGGCAGCUAUACCUUCGUUGGAAGGAGCCGGAUCGGCCCAGGCCUCUCAAGCUGAGCCUGUUUUUCCCGAUCACUUUCUGCUUGUGCUCCGUGUUCCUGGUGAUCGUUCCUCUCUACAGCGACACCAUUAACUCCCUGAUCGGCAUAGCCAUCGCUCUGUCUGGCAUUCCAGUCUACGUCUUGGGAGUCUAUUUGCCCGUUUCCAGAAGGCCCCUCUUUAUAAGAAAGCUUAUUGCUGCCGUCACUCGAGCCACUCAACUGCUCUGUUACUGCGUCUUGACAGAAAUGGAUCCGGGCGAAGGAAAGAAAGUCGACAGCAAAUCCAACUAGAAGCAAAAAAAAAAGUGUUCUCCCUCCCCCCACCCUCUCCACCAGCAGACAGGCGGAUCAGACACCAGUUCCUCAGUGGAACAGAUGAUGCAUGAUGGGGAAGCACAGGGCAGCAAAAGGACAGCCGAAGCAGUUUGUUGAUGAGUGCCUGGACACUCUGCGGUAUCUGAGUAAAGAGUAUGGGCCCUCUUUUCCCAUAAACUAGAGAUGGAGUGUUAUCAAUCUCACCUAUGGCUGACCUCUUUGAUGUCAGGAAUCCGGAACCUGAGGACUCUUCCCUGUAGUUUGGGAGAGGCUGGUUACGGGCCUCUGUCAGUCAGACUUCGGGCUGCGUGUGUGUGUGUGUGUGUGUGUGUAUUUUGGGAAGGUGGUCCAGUGGGUGACGGUGGAACUGAAUGGUCAGGCACAUGGGAUAGCAAACUUUGGGAGGCCAGGGCGGUCAAUAAAGUAAAAACUAUGCUGGGGACCAUCCAGCCUGGGAGCUUUCCUUCUGCAGUCAUCCCAUUUUCAGAUGUGCACAGCUGCCACACCCUGGCAGGGUGCGCAGAGAGGUCAGAAGGGGAAGCCCCGGCUAAGAACUGCUGCUAACUGUUUCCAAAUUUGAGGCCAGGGGACCAAGGGCAAGAGCCCUCAGAAGAGGGUUCUUUCUUGCCUUUGGGGUUCUUUUGGCCAAGUCCAAACUCCUGACCUAAGGGCUCUAAGGCAAGGUCCAUUGUCUUCUUUUCGCAGCCUCUGGCUUUCUGUCUGUCCCUAGGUCACAAAUGCAGGGGAGUUUGCUGGCCCUUUAUUUAUUGAAAUUAUUUCUCCAAUGUGACUGGUCUUGUAAUAGUUUUGUUUUAUUCAUGCGUCUGGUGCCUUUUAUACGCUGGAAAUAGCCCCCCAAAUCCCUAGAGCAAAUUUCCCGAGGCUUCUGGAGGCACCUCCGGGCACUGCUGGGGAGACUGAUGGUGGAGGAAGAGGUGCCUCCUCUGCCACCCUGGCCUGGCUGAGGACUGAGAUCCGUUUGCGCAAGGUGGUCAGAUUGGAACUUUUACCCUCGAAUGAAACAAAUUUUUCCAUGUUGUUUCAAUUGCUGUCAAGUCUUAUCUGGAAAGUCAGACCUGAGAAGUGUCUCACAGUCAUGUAAAAUAAGUGGGUAUCUAGAUACACACGGAUGUGUGUGUGUGUGUGUGUCCAUAUAACACUCAUGUACAGAUUUGUGUGCACAUAUUUGUACAAAUGUGAUUACACUCCAUCCCCCAAUGUGAUGUUUAUGUGUGUUUUGCAGUGAUAAUCUUUUUUUUUUCUUUUUUUAAUUCUUGAAACCUUCGGGCUGGGAUACACACGUAGAGUCCUGGAGUUGUCCCAAGUCAGUUGCCUCUGAAGCUGAAUGUUUCUGUUACUUACCUCACAGGAGAGAGCCCUGCUAUGGGGAAGCUUGCCAGGGCUGCCUAAAUGGGAGUGAGCUGUAAUAGCAGCUCUGAUUCCUGAAAGGCUUUGAUUCUUAAGGAUGCUUAAGGGAAGUGCCUCUCUCUCUUUCUUUCUCUUACUCUCAGCAGCAGCAGAGCUCCGGAGUCUGUGGGGGCAUUGCCAGAGCUGCUGGUGUUCUCUCUUUUGGAUGCUAGUGACACAGAGUGGAGAUGAUCUAGGAAGAGACAAACCAGAAAUCUCGGUGGAUCUGUUUUUGGAAAACCACCACUGAUGCCCUCCUUACCUGCUGAACUCUGUCUCACUCUGGUGCCAAGGGCCCCAGGCUGUCCCUUCCUGGGCUCUUUUGUUCAUCGGCGAUAAUGUCUGCUGCAGCCCCCUGGAACUGAGUACCAAAAAGUUACAUGCAGAGAAAAAGAAGAAUCCAGUUCAGGCGAACUUAAAGGGACUCUGGAGGACAGGAAAGAACUUGGGGUGAGGGCUGGAGCCGUACUUCUUGGCUUGAAUGAGUGGUGUCUCUACUGAAGUGCAAACUUGAUUGCAUUUGUUGAAAAAUGUUACCGCUCGGAAGGAAAGGUAACACAGUUCUCUUUGUUUGUAUUUCCUCGUUGCCUAUUGCGUGCAGAGCACUGAUCCUGGCAUUUGGAAACGUGCAGUAGAAGUUGAAGACCCGAUCCCUGCCCCCAGGGAGCAUACAGUUUUAAUCGGGGAGACAGGCAGACGUAAACUGUAUAUCUAUCCUAAGAACAUGAAUUAAAACACUGAUACAAACUGAUUAAAGACAAAAACCAAGAAUGAAUAAAGAAAUUAAAUGAA